UAACAGACAUGCAGGACAAGGGCGAGCUGUGGGAGGAACCCUGAUGUCUGAUGACCAGCUGAUCAUCCACCCAGACCCAGUACAGAGGGAGGGAGGGAGCGGUGACUACUGAUGCUCCGGUAAUUUGCGUGAGUCACUGCUUUGACAGCAAAGCAGCAGUGAGAGGGAAAGACACGUCAAACCAUCAACAAUGCACAAGAGCAGGAUGGGAGAACUGAGUGCAAGGAGGAAGUGACUGCACGAGCCACCUAGAAAGACAGGAACAGGGACAUUUCGAUGUGUGCUUGAUAGCUGGAGUUGAAACUCACGAUCGCGUCGACGAUCAUCUGACUUUUUAAAGUGAUCUCUUUGAGGUGCGGGCAGUUUUACCCGUAGGCGUGGUGUCAGCAAGGAUCUCCGUGCAGGGAUGUCCUGGUUGUCUCCGGUCCAGUGGGCCAAGUGGACCUGGUCAGCUGUGACAGGGGGUGUCGGGGACGAGGGGAAAGCCAGAGCCGAGGAUGACAAAGAGGAAAAUUCAGACUCAGAGGGGACUUUUGGGACACCAGAAAUGGAGUCUCCAGGUGUUGGGAAACUACUCACCGAAGUGGACCACACCAACCACAUGGUUCAUCCUGAUGUCACAGCUCCCAUUUUGGACAAGAACUCCAACCGAGAUGUUCACACCAACUCAUCCCAGGAAGUCAAUUCACUGAAUAACAGCACUAGCUGCUUCGUUAACAGCAGCUGCAGCUUUGGUUUGGAUCAAAAUCUCAACGUAUCCCUGAGUGGCAAACCUGGUCCUGAGAAGGACCUCUUCCCAUGCAGUCCUCUGUCCCAGCCUCAGGCUCUUAGACCUCCAUCUCUGUCUGUUCUCUCGCUGCUUCACAAACCUGACCCUGCGGAGGUGGAUGACGAGGCUCCAAACACUUCUGACUGUGUGGAUCCUGACUUACUUAAUGGGAACAUGAACUCUGACCCCAUGCUGUCAAACACAAAGCUGAGCUGUAAUUCAGGGGGGAGUGAGAACAGCAACACAAUUAUCACAAAGUCCUGCAGAGUAAAGCAGAACCAGCCCAUGCAGAAGGACCUCAGCGGGGAGGAUGACCAUCACGGAGGUCACGCUACAGAUGAGGAAAAGUUGGCGAGCAGUGCUGGCGUCAAACCCGAUAAGGACCAAAGCAUCCCAGGGUGCACUGUGACAUGUAGAACUGAGGACUCAGACUGCUGCUCUGCGUACGAGGACUUGUGCAAAGAGUCUGAUGGAAGUGAGAUGCAGAAAACGGGGAGUCAGGUCCUGGAUUCAAUCUGCAUCAGUCAGGCAGAGAAACAGGCAGUGAUCACCCUUAUUAAAGAGGAGAUCUUCACUAAGGAUGCAGACACUAUCGACUGGAAGACAAAGUAUGAGAACAGCAAGCAGGAAGUCAAUGAGAUGAGGAAGAUCGUUGCAGAAUAUGAGAAGACCAUUGCUCAGAUGAUUGAGGAUGAGCAACGCAACAAUGCAAGUUCCCAGAAGGCUUUGCAUGCAGUAACAAAGGAGAAGGACACCGCCUUAACAGACUUGAACUCUGUGGAACGCUCCCUCUCUGACCUGUUCCGACGCUAUGAGAAUAUGAAGAGCACUCUGGAAGACUUUAAGAAGAAUGAAGACAUACUGAAGAAAUGUGCUCAGGAGUAUCUGGCUAGAGUGAAGAAAGAGGAGCAGAGAUAUCAAACACUCAAAAUCCACGCUGAAGAGAAACUAGACAAGGCCAAUAAGGAGAUUGCUCAAGUGCGUGCGAAGGCGAGUUCUGAGAACACGGCGCUGACUGCCAGCCUGAGGAGGGAGCAGAUGAAGGUUGAGUCUCUGGAACAUGCCCUGCAGCAAAAGGACCAAGAAAUUGAGGAACUCACUAAGAUCUGCGAUGAGCUGAUUGCCAAAAUGGGCAGAAUAGACUGAAAAUAGACUGUUUUUGGUGAAUCAACCAAUAGCCUCUCAGCAGUCCUGCUUGAAGCAUGUUCCCAGAAAAGAAACAGUUUGUCAGCCCUGCAUUAUCAAGUUCGCUUGUGCACAGACGUCUGCAGUAACCGUGUACUAACAUUGCACUACAUGUGACCAGAGAACAUGGUAGUUUAGUUGUUCUGUGUGGUCAGUUUGAUUUGUUUGUGGUUUUUAACCAUCAUGACUCUACCUGAACCCCUGGUGUGUGUUAUUCACGCUCCACCAGUGAGUAGUCGUUCAGAAUCCUUAAUGGAUAUAUUCAGUCGGGUUACACACAGAAUGGAGGUUUUCUGAGCACCUUUAAUGGGCUUUUGAGUAAAGCGUGUUAUAUAUUGAAACACCAGUCCAUUUGAUGUAUUUUUCUAUGAAGGAAAAUGAUUUUAUUGUGAAAGGGAGAAGCUCAGGGUAUUUAG